AUGAAUCCAGACAUAUCUCUGCCGUCCAAACCCGAGACGGCUGAGAAGUCAAAGAUUAGAGUGGACAAUGACAAAAUCCUGGCAUCUGAUGUUGUGGAGAGCGACGAGGUCGACGAGACCCUAGUAUCCGUCCAAGCCUACUCUCCAGAGGAAGCAAAGCGGAUAUUGAGAAAGGUUGACUAUCGACUUAUUCCACUGCUUACUCUGCUUUAUUUACUUGCAUUUAUUGACAGAGGAAACAUUGCAAAUGCUAAAAUUGCCGGCCUGGAGACGGAUUUACAUUUGGUAGGCUAUCAGUAUAAUAUAGCAUUAACACUCUUCUUUAUCCCAUAUGGCCUGUUUGAAGUUCCUAGCAACAUAAUUCUUAAAAUUCUGCGACCGUCGGUAUGGAUUGCUAUCAUGAUGCUAGGCUGGGGUACCUUUAAUGGAGUAGUCCAGAGUUACCAGGGUCUACUUAUUGCUAGAUUCUUCCUGGGUGUAGCUGAGUCUGGUUUCUUCCCUGCAGCUACCUACCUGUUGACGAUAUGGUACAAGCGGUAUGAAGUACAGCAUCGGAUGGCCAUCUUUUACGGCUCUGCUUCCUUGUCUGGAGCAUUUUCAGGCCUUCUCGCAUUUGCAAUUCAAAAGAUGCAUGGCAUUGCAAAUCUCGCGGGAUGGCGUUGGAUAUUCAUACUCGAAGGACUUCUACCUGUUGCUUUCUCCAUUGUGAUAUGGUUUAUACUUCCGGACAGCCCUGAGAGAGCAAAGUUCUUAACUAAGGAAGAAAGGAAGUUCAUUGUCAACAGACUAUCUCUUGAGACGGGUUCUGGCCAAGGGCGAGUCACUAACAAUGACAAGAUUACACCCAGGCAUGUUAUAGCUGCCUUUAAAGAAUGGAAAAUCUACUGUGCUAUAUUAAUGUUCUGGGCCAAUACUAUUGGUGUUUACGGAUUCACAGCAACUGUGCCUACAGUUAUCAGUGAUCUCGGAUAUACUGCCGCACAGGCGCAGCUCCUCACUAUACCGAUAUAUGUUGCAGCAACAAUAGGAAUCCUGGCAUUCGCUUACCUCUCUGAUCAUUAUGAGCAGAGAACCCCGUUUAUUAUCGCUGGGAAUACCGUUGCCCUCUUGGGAUUUGCAGCACAGCUAGCCAUCCCACAUCCCCGGUACCCUGGUUUGACGUAUGGAAUGCUGUUCCUCAUUGCAUGCGGACUAUACUCCGCGUUUACUCCUGUGCUCUGUCUAAUUGCUAACAACCUCGCACCUUCGUCCAAACGAGCCGUUGGAAUGGCAAUUUUAAUUUCCAUUGGUAACUGGGGAGGCAUAGCUGGGUCAAAUAUAUACUUUGCCAAAGAGAAACCAAGGUAUCCAACGGGAUUUGGGGUUUCGUUGGCAAUAUGUGGAAUUGCAAUUAUAACAGCUAUAUUCCUGCGAGUAGAAUUCAAGAAGGUGAAUGAUCAGCGGGAUAAGUUAAUUGCGGAACAGGGCGAAGAAACCAUCAGAGCUAGGUAUACACAACAACAAUUGCUGGAUAUGGGUGAUUUAAGCCCAUUCUUCAGGUAUACCAUUUGA